AUGUCUCUGGACGGUGUGUGGGCUCCACUGGCAGCAGACAUAGGAGAUGGGCCUGCCAAGAAAGCUGACGACCAGGCCUCCAUGCAGACUGCCUCCCUAAAGGAUGGCCCAGCAAAGAGGGCAGUGUGGGUCCGCCGGGAAAGUACCGCGACGGAAGAUCCUGCAAAGGCAACUGUAUCCAAGGACAGGCCGAAGCUAGAGGUGACCAAAGCAGUGGUUGUGGACCUUGGCACCGGCUUCUGUAAAUGUGGCUUUGCUGGUCUGCCAAAACCCACUCAUACGAUCUCAACAACAGUGGGCAAGCCCUAUAUGGAGACAGCCAAGACCGGGGAUAAUCGUAAAGAGACCUUCGUGGGGCAUGAGCUUCUUAACCCAGAAAUACAUCUCAAGUUGGUCAACCCCCUGCGCCACGGCAUCAUCGUGGACUGGGACACGGUGCAGGACAUCUGGGAAUACCUCUUCCGGCAGGAAAUGAAGAUCGCUCCAGAGGAGCAUGCCGUCCUGGUUUCAGAUCCACCCCUGAGCCCUCACACCAACAGAGAGAAGUAUGCCGAGAUGCUGUUUGAGACCUUUAACACACCCGCCAUGCACAUCGCCUACCAGUCCCGCCUGUCCAUGUACUCAUACGGACGUACCUCUGGCCUGGUGGUGGAGGUUGGCCACGGUGUGUCCUAUGUGGUCCCCAUCUAUGAGGGUUAUCCUUUGCCCAGCAUCACAGGGAGGCUAGACUACGCAGGAUCUGACCUGACCACCUACCUGAUGAGCUUGAUGAACAACUCUGGAAAACACUUCACUGAGGACCAGGUCAGCAUUGUAGAGGACAUCAAGACGAAAUGCUGCUUCGUGGCUCUGGACCCCAUUGAAGAGAAGAAAAUCCCUGGCAUUGAACAUGAGAUCCAUUACACUCUGCCUGAUGGAAAAGAGAUCCGUCUGGGCCAAGAGAGGUUCCUCUGCUCAGAGAUGUUCUUCAAGCCAUCUCUGAUCAAAUCCAUGCAGCUCGGCCUCCACACCCAGACAGUGUCCUGCCUUAACAAGUGUGACAUUGCGCUCAAGCGAGACCUCAUGGGGAACAUCCUGCUCUGUGGGGGCAGCACUAUGCUCAAGGGCUUCCCUAACCGUCUGCAGAAAGAACUGAGCAGCAUGUGUCCCAAUGACACCCCACAGGUAAACGUGCUGCCUGAGAGAGACACUGCAGUGUGGACUGGUGGCUCUAUCCUCGCCUCACUCCAGGGUUUUCAACCACUGUGGGUCCACCGCUUUGAAUACGAGGAACAUGGGCCUUUCUUCCUGUACAGAAGGUGCUUCUGA